AUGGAAUCUCGCACGACGACAGCACGGCCGUCAUUCUUGGGGCUAGGAGGCCUCCAUGUUCUCAUCACUGGGAGUACAGGAGGGAUCGGCUCUGAAGCAGUCCGGGAGCUACUAGGCCAAGGCUGCAAUGUUACAGCUGUCGAUAUUCGACCCGUCAAGGAACCUUCAUCGCUGUUCUAUGCUAACAAUCUAGAGUAUUCUGUCCAGCUACAGACUCUGGAGGCGGACAUAUCAUCUGAAGCUUCGAUCAAGACUGCCAUCGAGACGGCGGCUGCUUCUCGCUUUGGGCCUAUUAAUGUGCUCAUCGCAAAUGCCGGAAUCACCGAUGAGCUCAACCACAUACCUAUCUGGGAGUUGCCACUCGAGCACUGGGACCGCAUCAACAACGUGAACUAUCGCGGUACAUUCCUGACAAUCAAGCAUUUCCUUGCAGCGGCCAAACGAGCACAAGACGAUGUCGGUAAUGGACAUCAGCUGGAGAACUUGGCCAUCGUAGUGACGGGCAGCGAGUGCGGCAAGUUUGGUCAGGAAGGGCAUGUCGACUACGCGACUGGCAAAGCCGGCUUGCAGUAUGGUCUUGUUCGGACGGUGAAGAAUGAAAUCAUUCGACUGAAUUCUUUGGCGAGGAUCAAUGCCGUGGCGCCUGGCUGGGUCAACACGCCUUUGAUUGAUGGCAGGCUGGACGACAAGUUUGAAGCCUGGGCGGAGGCUCAUUCGACAGUUGCAUUGAAGAAGAUUGCAGAGCCGACUGAUGUUGCGAGGACUAUGGCUUUCCUAGCUUCGCAUCGUGCUGCAGGCCACAUAUCUGGUCAGGUGCUGAGCGUGGACGGCGGCAUGGACGGCCGUCUGAUCUUCAAGCACCCGGAUCAAUAG